AUGCAAUUAACAACAAUUCUUGCCGUAUUUUUCUCUUGUUUGGUUUUAUUCGCAUCAAUUGGUUAUACGAAUAGUACUGUUGUUAAAAAUAAACAUUCAAUAGUUCGUCCUGAUCCUUUUGUCAAAUCACGAAAUAAUUUUGUUUCUCGUCAUGGAAAUUUACAUAAACUUGGUCGCCGUCAAUCUGUAGGACGAGCAAUAAUAGAAUCAAUUAAACAACGACACAAACAAUUGUGA